UCCAAAAGAAGUAAGUCUGUAAAAAUAUGUUUUGUUUGAAAUCAUUGUCAUUGACAUGAUAGACAUACGAGCUCACACCUGGUACAGCAGAAACACAGCUUGUACGGCCGGGAAGGCGACCUUAACAGGUGAGUCGCAGUGGAGGUAGCCCACAUAGUUGGCGAUCUUGAAGAUGUCCAUAAGCAGACUGAGCAGACCGAACAGCAGAAGGCCAGCUGCCAGGGAAACCAGACCAAGCCAUGAAGGCCAGUGAACUACAGAAGAAUAUUUUUGGAAGAACAUACUACUUGAUUCACCAGUCCACUACCUCGAAGCCACAGAGGUCCAGCAUGGCUGUCUUUAAGCAGAACCGCCUGGUCCUUCCUGUGCGUGCACACGGUGUAAAACAGCAUCCACAACAAGGCGCUGCUGCUGACAAUCGCGCAACCCAAGAUGAGGACGUUGAUGCAGAUGAUUCCUGAGAGGAGCCACCCGCCGCCGUGAUGAGCCCGCUCCGCCACCGCCUCGAUAUGGUGCACACUCUCUCUCUGAAGUUCGGCACUGGGCGGCUGGAAACACAACGUAGGGGGGACCAAGGACUGACCCCUGAGGAACCCCACGCAUGAAGACAUUUAGCGGCGUGAUUUGCUUAUUAUAUUCAGAAACAAAGGUCAGCAGCGGUUCGCUCUUACAGCCACAAACGCUCAAGAUGCUGAACCCCUCGCAGGCUCUGAGCCUCCUCUGUCUCCUCGGGACGGCGGACGCCUUGUACAAGCAAUGGAUCCCGGACACCAACUACGAGAAUCACACCAACUGGGAUAAGGGAGUUGUUCCGUGCGGCAGUGACGUGGUCCAGUUCCUGGCUCAGAGGAAAGUCUCUGUGUUCGUGGAAACCUCACAUGCUGUGAAGGAGAUGAGGCUGCCGAUCGAUGGGGAGUUUAUCCUCAAUACGGGAGCUGGAUUUCACGUGUUUCCAGGACAAGAGCCGGGAUGCGGAGCAGGAGUCACGACCAAGUUUAAAGACUCUGAGGCGUUACAGUGGUUCACCCCCGCUCUCUGGAAGGCCGCCGUGACCCAGGACAACUUAGAGAGUGGAGACCUCCUGUUCUCCGUCCACGAGGAAAGCGUGCCAUGCCAGUACGACGACGUUGUCUUUAGGUCCGGCUCCUCCUUCCGAGUGGACACCAGCUCCGAUCAGCCAAGCAUCCCUGUCAAGAGUGUAUCAGUGCUGGGGAAGAGGUUCGACGGCGCCUCUGAGUUCAGCCAGUACCUCAGCUCCAGGACUGGACAGCUGCAGUUUCACGGCUCGGCUAAGGUCGUGGUGGGGAGCUCGGGCUGUCAGGAUCCCACAGGCUGUGACUGCGGGAAUUCUGGGCACAAAAAAAGAAUCUGUAAAAGCGUAAAAUGCAGCGCUGUGAAGUGCAAGAAACCGCUCAGCCCAAUCGGACACUGCUGUCAGGUGUGUGGUGCGAUUGUCGCCAUCAGCUACAGUCAAACCUUCAACCUGCAGACGUACAGAGAACGGAUCAAGCACCUUUUCCUCAUCCAUGCAGAGUACAAGUCCGUCCAGGUUGGGAUGUCUAAAGUCUUCAAGCCCCAGCGUCUACUGGGGGUCAUCCCGCUUGAGGCCGCAGCUGAGAUCCAGGUGGUUAUAGUGGAUGAAGCGGACGGGAAACAAGCUGAAGCUCUGGCCCGGGACAUUGUGGACGACGCCAGCUCUCACGGUGAAUCUCUGGGAAUCGCUGAAGCCAAGUUUGAGGCCUCUUCUGGAGGCAGCAGCGGUCAGUCUGGGAACAACGUCGGGACUGUGGUGGGAACCGUGUUGGGAGUCUUGAGCAUUGUAGCGGUUAUCGUUGUCAUCACUGCCCUGGUUCAUACCGGCCGUCUUCGGUUGCCAGCUCCGAGGUUCCUCAGCAGAAACACAGAGGACGGUCACCUGGACGAAGCUAUCGAUCAGGGCUUCGACAACCCCAUGUUUGACAGGCCGUCCUUCAUACCUGAAAUGCCAGGCCUGUACAGGAUGGACACCAACUCCAUCUCUCUGACUCAAACCGGGAUUCACUUUGUCAAUCCAGUUUACGACGAGAACGAAACAGACUUUAGCGUCUGA